AUGGUUACCAUGGAGAUGUCGGGCCGCUCCUCCACUCCCACGCUGCUGCUUACCCCUCUCUCUCGCAAAGCCAUCGAGAGAGGUGUGUUUUCUAACCCACGCAUUGGAGUGGGAGACUACGUGCGCAUUUUGUUGUGCACAGGCACAGACACACAGCAAUACACCUCUUCUGUUUCUUCUCCCCCUCAUCAAGUCAUCUCUCCUCUUUCCCCCUUCUCUUUCCUCCUAACUCAGUCAUCUUUUGCUUCGUCUUUUAAUGGAGGGGAGUCGCUGAUCUUCUGGGAUGGGCAGGGCGGUUUCCACAAUCUCAAACUCGGAGACCCCUCACUUGACCACUGGAAGGCAACAUCAAAACCAACCAAGCACCACGAAGAAGCAUACAACAUAUCUUUACAAGAGUUGGAAAAGGUUAAUGGGACUGCUGAAAAUAGCCACAUGCCUCUGAGUCCGGCCGCUGACACCAAACAUGAUCGCCCGGGGCAACAGGCGGUUACUAACGGCAACCCAACAGGCUCUGCUGUUGCCAGGGACGACGACGGGGAAGAUAGUCCCCCUGGAAAUAGCAUUGUUGUCCGCAUUGGCAUCCCGGAUCUGCAGCAGACGAAAUGUUUGCGGUUGGACCCAGAGUUGCCAGUUUGGACCAGUAAGCAGAGGGUUCUGGUGACCUUGACUCAGUCUCUGUCGGAUGUUUUGAACUAUGGUCUCUUCCAGCCGGCGUUCAACGGCCGAGCAGGAAAGUUUCUGGAUGAAGAGAGGCUGCUGAAGGAGUAUCCUCUGCCUAACAUCACACCCAUCCCAUAUCUGGAGUUCCGCUAUAAGAGAAGAGUUUAUACUCAAAGCUAUGUUGAUGACAAGCAGCUGGCAAAAUUGCACACCAAGGCCAACCUCAAGAGGUUUAUGGAACACGUCCACCAGAAAAAUGUGGAGAAAGUUUGCAGAUGGUUGGAAAAAGGUCUUGAUCCCAAUUUCCAUGACUCUGACAGCGGAGAGUGUCCAUUGACUUUGGCUGUCCAGUUGGAAGAGAGUUGUGACCUCAUUAAAGUUCUUCGAAGUGGAGGGGCUCAUUUGGACUUUAGGACCAGAGAUGGCAUCACAGCCUUGCACCGAGCUGUCAUCUGCAGAAAUAGUGCUGCUCUUACCACAUUACUGGAUCUGGGAGCCUCUCCGGACUACAAGGACAGUAGGGGCCUGACUCCUCUCUACCACUCUGCUAUGGUUGGUGGAGCCCCCUACUGCUGUGAGCUGCUAUUACAAGACCAUGCCACCCUAGGAAUAACGGAUGAAAAUGGGUGGCAGGAAAUUCACCAGGCGUGUCGCUAUGGUAACGUGCAGCACUUGGAGCACCUGCUAUUUUACGGAGCUGACAUGGGCUCCCAGAAUGCAUCAGGAAAUACUGCACUGCAUCUCUGUGCGCUCUACAACCAGGACAGUUGUGCCAGAGUCCUUUUGUUCAGGGGAGCCAAUAAAGAUGUGAAAAACUACAAUAAUCAGACUGCUUUUCAGGUGGCAAUUAUAUCUGGUAACUUUGAUUUGGCUGAAAUUAUCAAAAUCCAUAAACCCUCUGAUGUUGUCCCCUUUAGAGAAUCUCCUUCCUACACGAAGCGUCGGCGAGUUGGUGGUCCCAGAACUUCAGCAGGAAACGGGCUGUCAUCUCCUCGCUCCCUGAUUCGCUCGGCGAGUGACAACGCGCUGGAAAGCCCCGCCUCUUCCCCUGGACCCUCACUCCAGAGUCUGGAGAUGCUUCAUGACUCACACACGCACUCACUCAGGCGCCACACACGCAGACUCAGCCCGAGUGGAGGUGGGCAUGUAGAGACCAGUCCCCCAUCUUCCCCUCCACUAACGCCCCAGAUGAGGAAGAGGCGCCUGUACAGUGCCGUGCCUGGACGAACGUUUAUUGCCACUCGCUCCUAUGUCCCUCAGGGAGCGGGAGAAAUCCAGCUGCACCGGGGAGAGCGCGUCAAAGUGCAGUCUAUUGGGGAAGGAGGAUUUUGGGAAGGCAAUGUCAAAGGACGCACUGGCUGGUUUCCUGCUGACUGCGUGGAGGAAGUACAGAUGAGACAAUAUGAUCCCAGACUAGAGACAAGAGAGGACCGGACUAAAAGACUGUUCAGACAUUACACUGUGGGGUCAUAUGACAACUACACGUCCUACAGCGACUAUGUGAUUGAAGAGAAAACAGCAGUGUUGCAGAAGAGAGAGAGUGAGGGAUUUGGUUUUGUCCUCAGAGGAGCUAAAGCGGAAACUCCAAUUGAAGAAUUUGCACCCACCCCAGCGUUCCCUGCCCUGCAGUACUUGGAGUCUGUGGAUCAAGGAGGAGUGGCCUGGAGGGCAGGCCUUAGGACAGGAGAUUUUCUUAUAGAGGUAAACGGUAGUGACGUGGUCAAAGUGGGUCAUCGGCAAGUGGUUUCUCUGAUCCGUCAGGGAGGCAGCCGUCUGCUCAUGAAAGUCGUCUCUGUGUCCCGAAAAUCUGAAUCCACCUUGAUCAGAAAGAAAGCUCCGCCCCCUCCUAAAAGAGCUCCAAGCACCUCAUUGACCCUCAGAUCCAAGUCCAUGACUGCUGACCUAGAGGAGAUAGAGAAACUGGACGAGAUGUUAGCAGGAGGUUCCCAAGAAGUUGUCCUCAGGUCUCGUCCAUCAGAUGACUUUAGGGCAGCAACAGUGAAACAGAGACCAACUAGUCGGAGGAUCACUCAGGCAGAGAUAAAUGCGUUAUUUGAACGUCAAGGUUUGGUUCCUCCCUCCCCCCCAGAGAAGAGCACUAUGCCUUUACCAAGAGGAAUGUCUCGUACCAAGAGUUUUGGUACUCCCGAGGAUGGCCGCAUCUCUGCUUUAAUCAAUGAGAGCCGUUUUCCUCGGAGCUCGUCUCUAACAGACAGCUUCAUCCCUCCUCCUCCGCAGACGGCCCCUCCACCACCUCCCGCUGCCUCUUCCAUGUCCUCACUCUACAUCCUGGAGUCUGGACCUCCUCCAUCCUUCCUCCCGCCUCCUCCUCCAGCUCGAGGGGACGGUUUAGCCCGGUCCAGCUUUAAACCAGGCACUGAGCCAAGACUUCCAGAGCUUUCAGAUUCACCCGCGAGAAGCCAUGCCCAUGCGGAGCGGCAGAGGAAGGCCCGGUCCAUGAUUAUUCUGCAGGACACACCACCGCUCCAGCCUGAGACACACAACGCCAUGCACACUGCCACACACACUACCACUCAUACCCUUCACACUGCAACGCACACCUCCACGCUCUCCCUGCACGGCUCAAGCCCUGUUCUAGGACACUCACCUCUGCAACGCCGUCGUGGACGACCAAUAGAAAACCCUUACGCUAAUGUCGGACAGCAAGCGCCACCCACCAAACCCCAGAGAAGGAAGUCACCUUUGUUAAAGCAACUUCCUGUUGAGGAACAAGGUCUCGGGGGCAAGGAGCAUGAUGGCAGACAGGAGGGGAGCAGCAGUCCCAGCAGGGCUGAGUUGUACCAGCAGCAGGUGCUCUCUGAGCGCGCUCGUGUCCAAGGACGGCGGUCGUCCCUUUUCCUGUCCGUGGAAGGAGCCGGGUCGGACAACCAGCCUCCACUUCUUCUGACUAUGAGCCAUUCAAUGGACGACCUCGGCGAGCUCCCUCCUCCAGCUCCGGUUUUGUCUCCCUCUCCUACGCCCCACACCUUCCUGCACCCUCUGACUGGGAAACCGCUCGAUCCUUCUUCUCCACUUGCACUUGCUCUUGCUGCACGAGAACGAGCGCUAACUGCCCGCACACCUAGUCCUGAACCAAGAAGCAAACAUGCGUCUGCCUGCACCACUCCCAUCCCCACCCCAGCGGCCAGUCCAGAAGGCCGACACAAGCGCACCCCAAUCUGCACGCCCCAAAGCAGCCCCGAGCCGCGCUCCAAACGCACCACUCCACAAACCAGCCCAGAGCAGAGGACUAAGCGUGCAACCCCUCAGACAAGUCCAGAAUUGAGGCAUAAACGUAUUACUCCGCCCCUUUAUCCUGAAGGACAGGUGGAGCGCCCUGAAACAGAGGGCGGAGUGACAUCUCCUGCUGCCCCCUCCCCUGAGCGCUGGAGACCUACCCCUUUGGCAGCUCUAGCCAAUGAGAGCCACUCUGCACUAAUUGAAAGGCGCCGCAGUCUCACCGUGGGUAGCUCUGAGGAGGAGGGCGGGGCUUACACAGUCACUCUUCCACCUGCUCUUCUGUCGUCCAGUGAUGAAGAGACGAGGGAGGAGCUUCGGCGAAUUGGCCUUGUUACGCCGCCACCUGGGUUUUCCAACUCAUCUGCGCCUGCACCACCCUCCUCCUUGUCCCUAGUGCCGCGACGCAGUGCUGAAGGGGGCGCUGGAGAGGCAGGUGCAGACUCUUUGGGGAGACGAGGAGAUGAAGAGAACAGUGAAGAGCAUCAAGAGUCGUCCUCCCCCAGCUCUCUGCCUCCAUCCAUCACAUUAGCUUCACCCACUGCUCCCACAUCCCCCUCAUCUCCUCCAGCCACUCACACCUCUGCCACUUCCCCGUCUGCACUCAAGCCGCGCCUCCGCUCCCCCAUUGGCAGAGGGCGCUCUUCUCUCAGAGAUCCGCUCCUGAAACAGUCAUCAGACAGUGAACUGCUACCAUUAAGUGCAUCUUCUCCAUCCUCCCCCCUGUGCUCGUCUCCCACUGGAGGAGGAGGGAGGCAGCCUCGUUACCUGUUCCAAAGGAGGUCCAAGCUGUGGGGAGGUGUCGAUGACAGAAUGGAUGAGCGAAGGGGCUUUAGUCCAGAUGAAGGGGUUCGACCAGCUGCACUGGGAGGUCAAAGCUCUGGGUCAGCUGUAGAUCUAACGAGCCGCUCGGCCUCAGCUCUGGAGUUGAGUGGAAGAGCUGGGUCCGGCCUGGAUCUGGCCAAUCGUCUGCAGCUUCUGAACAAAGACAGUCAUUCUCUGGGAGAAGAACCCAGUCCACUGGACCCUGGCAGAAGGUCCCCUGUGGGAGGUGCCAGGUUGUUUUCCAGUCUAGGUGAACUUCACACCAUUUCCCAGCGAGGAUUCGGAGCCAGUUACACAGUGCGACCCGGGAGCCGUUAUCCCGUCACCCGCCGCAGCCCGUCGCCCUCCCCUUCACCUGCGGAGCGGGCCAUCGGUCUGGCCACUUCUCCCACUUCAUGUCCAGAGAGACCAGACCUGAGCUCUGGCCGAGGCCUCACCAUCCUGAAGUCGUCCAGCCUCAGUUUGCCUUCAGAACCAAAGGAAGUUCGUUUUGUUAUGAGGAGCGCCAGCGCGCGUACCCGCUCCCGCUCGCCCUCUCCAUCGCCCCACGCCUCUCCGUGCCCCUCCCCCGUGCUCAGUGGGCCCCUGUUGGCCCUCCGCCCGUGGAGGCAGCGUCCCCUCAACCUCUGGAACAAAUACGAUGUUGGCGAUUGGCUGGAGAGUGUGGGGCUCGCUGAACACCGCCAGCGCUUCCAAGACCAUGAGAUUGAAGGCUCACACCUGCCGGCCCUCACCAAAGAGGACUACGUGGAGCUGGGCGUCACCAGACUGGGACACAGGAUCAACAUAGAGAGGGCACUUCGACAGCUACUGGACUCGACUUGA